CAUGCGUUAAAAAUAAUGUCUUAUAAACUCCGCGCCAAAACUAAAAUCUUUGUUUGGAUUUAUACAUGUUACUAGAUGUAUGAUUUGGAGUAAAUUAUUGGCGAAUUUUUUAAAUAGAUAAAUAAUUUCUUAUUAAUUAUAAAAAUAUUACAACUCUAUUAUUUGUACAUGGAGGGUUUGAAAUGUCCCAACACGGUGCUGCUUUACAAGCAUAUAAUCAAGAACUUGUAAAGUGUUUAGAAGAAAUGAAAUUAAGACGUACAGAAUUACAAGCAGAAAUUGAAUCUCAAGAAGAAGAAAAAAAUUAUUUGCAAAGAGAAAUAGAAAAAUUAUCUUAUAAAUUAACACGCUUAAAUGACAGUUUAACUAAAAGAAUAGCUGUCAGAAAUGAAUAUGAUAGAACUAUUGCAGAUACAGAAACAGCAUAUAUAAAGAUUUUGGAAAGUUCACAACUUCUAUUAAAUAUGAUCAAGAGAGAAGCUACAAAUUUAGAUCAAACAUUACUUAAAACUAAUAUGGAUAAACAACAAAGUCAGUAAUAAA